GGUAUAGUUGCGCGAGUAUGGGUGCAGGAAGUCUGCUGUACCUGAUUUCAUCAUGGUUAAACAAAUUCGAGAUCGAACUAUCAGUGUAUCGAUCGCUUGUGUGAUUGCACGAGCCAGAGUAGAUGUGAGUUCAUGUUUGAUGGCAGGGACGUUGCUCGUAUUUAUGUGUGGGAGUUCAGAACAUUCACCUUUGUUCUGAACUUCUGGCUGUACCUCAUGUGUGGGGAGAGAGCGGGGGUGAAAUCGGCAAGCCGAUCGCGUCUGGAGAAGCCGAGGAUGUGGUUGGCUGCCCCCGCCGACGGGGCCGAUCUCCGGGGUCGACUUACAGUGCCUCAGUGAUACUAUGUAACUUGAUAAGUCAUAACACUUCCAGAUCUGAGUAAUCGAAGAUAAGUACAAGAGUGCUAGAGU